AUGGACGGUCAACGACCCCAGCAAUAUAUGCCUGUUCCUCCACCUUCAACCCAACCGCCUCAAUCGCACAUGGUGCUGCCGCCUCCGCCGCCACGAUACCCUCCCACACAACCCCAGGGUGGUAUGCCCCCGCCGCCUCCUGGACCACCCCCAGGACAAAGCUAUGGCCCUGCGAAGAUCGCCAAUCCUCAGUUGCAGCAUCAGAACAACCUACAAUGGGCGCCGAACUGGGCAACGCGGCAGGCACUCUCCCAGGGGAUCCUUCCUCCCCCUCCGCCUCCCCCUCCUAUGGCGCCGACAAACCAGCAGCCCUACGGCCGACCGCCUCUGUCAGUUGGGGGAGAAGGCCGGACUUCUGCAACGUACGUCCCGCAGGGAGGGACGUUUGGCCCGGGAGUCGGAAUACCUGCAUUCGACUUGCAUUCCCUUCCUGCAUACGAGAAUCAAGGGACCAUGACGGGUAGCGAUCGACAGCAGCUUCCAAUAAAUCAACCUUACGAGUAUCCCAACCCGGAUAAUGCAUAUAAGCGAGACGGGACCAUUCCGAUUACGCCGUCGGCGCGCACUAUUCCCCCUUCCUUAACCGCAAAUGAUCUCUCACAUGAACAGUUCUCCACUACGACAGCGCAGAAUCCGCAAGCUCAAAACGGCCAGAACCAAGGCCAAAUGGCAGAACUCACAAAAUCUCCCAGUCAUCGUUACAACAAUAACAACACGUUGCUCGGUGGUAUGUCACCCAGCGAAGCCGCCGUCCAGUGGCCACUUGACAGGGUUCUCCUGUGGCUUGCGAUGAAUGGGUUCUCCGGGGAUUGGCAGGAAACUUUCAAGGCCCUCGAAAUUCAGGGCGCCGACUUCCUUGAGCUGGGCCAUGGGUUCAACGGCCGUCCCAAUUGGGGUAAAAUGCACAAUGUGGUGUACCCGCAGCUCGCCAGAGAAUGCGAGAAUAGCGGAACCGGGUGGGAUCUGACGCGAGAGCGAGAGGAAGGGAAACGUAUGCGCAAAUUGAUUCGUCAAAUCCAGGAUGAUCCGAACUAUGACGCGGGCGUACCCAUUCCGAAGCAGCGUGAAUCUCAGACCCUCGCAGGGGGUGUUCUCGACCCGGGCAAUGAAUCCUCUCCCAAGUAUCCCAAUGACCCUGUGUCUGCAGGCCCGACCUCAGGCCCCAUGCCUGGUAGUCCUAACCUCAAAUCCCUGCAGCCCGCUUACAACCAGAAAAGCAAUGUGCAAACGCGCUCUUUCACGGCCCCGAUGCCUAUUAGCCAUGACCAUACUUCUUCGGAACUCAGCCAGCCCGACGGGACGAUCUGGGGCCGAUCAGACAUUUCGCGAGCUGCACUGGCCAGUGCAAACGGCGACCAUCGAAGACAGAGCCCCUCGGUUUCCAGCGAAGCCGGCAUUUUUGCUCCUGGGCGCCCUUACGAAGGCAGUCCUAAAAGCGGCAGUCCAGCCAUGCAGCACGCCACACUCGCACAUCCGGGCUUUUCUUCCACCAGCGACUUCAGAGAACAUGCUCGAGUCAACAGCUCCGAUUCAACUACAGGACGUCGCUACUAUGAAACCCUCAGGCAGGAUAAUGCCCGCCCUUCUCCGCUGGAGUCCUACAACCGACCGGCAGAAAACUCCUCCUCUUACCCUAAAGACCAUAGCAAUCGACUUUUCCACUUCUUCAAGAAGAAGAAUAAAAGUGGCGACUCAACCCACCCGUCUCCCGAGGAGCAAUUCCUGGAGUCCCCCACGAGUCCGGAAGCGCAGCGUCACAAUGCGUCUCAGCUUCCCUACGAUCGACCCAAUUUCAGCAGUAGCGACAUGUCGUUGGACCAACGCCCUCUAUCCGCGUCCUUCUCCGAUCACGAACGGUUAGCCGCCCAGCGGGGGAAGCCCGCGUCUAAAGGAAAGAAGUGGGCUUUUGGAACGCUCGAUGGGUGGAACUAUCGUCUGAUAGACAUCACGGACCUAGACUCUGUGGAGCAAUUGCGUGCUACGAUCUGCCAAAACCUCGGGAUAUCGGAUUGGGCCGGUUCCCAAAUAUUUAUGACUGAGCCCGGCCAAACAGACCAUGAUGAACCUUUGAACGAUACCAACCUGACAUUGUGUCGGCGGACGAGGUCGGACGCCGUUGGCAGCUUGAAACUAUACGUCCGUGGACCUCACAUGCCCUCUGGUUCUACCAACUCCCCACACUACACCGGUCUUGGGGUUUCAUUCCCAGACAAGACCACCUCAUCACCGACAACGGGACAGCACCAAUUACAAAGAAAACCAUUAGAUGAUGAAGCUCUCAAUCGGAUUUCACCGCACAAUUCGGCAAAGCCUACUUCUCCGCAGGUCGCUGCACGCCCGCAGCAGCUAAGGACCCCUGCGGUCAAACUGCCUGCUCGGGACAUAACGCAGCUACCGAUGGGAACAUCGCCGGUGGAUGGUGGUGCAGAAGCUGGAUACCCAUUCGAUGCGGAAAAACUGGAUCCUAUCGCCGAGCAAAAACGGGAGAUGGAGCGAAGACAGAAGGCCUUGCGAUACUCAAAAGUCACCUCCGUGCCGCAGCCGGGGAAGAACGCCUACGGGGAAACUGGUUAUCGACGCAAAGAUGUCAUUGAUUUCGACUCGCCGCGGAUAUCGCCUUAUGAAGAUAAGAAGGCUUCGGAGCCCCUGGUACCGCUCCGCAAGCCCCCCACCGCUCCGCCCGAGUCAAAUACACUUACCAAGGUGAAUUCACUGCGAAAGACCGACCGUCCCGCAGUUCAUGGACUGGGGGCUGCCCUGGCUGGUAUGGGCAGAAUUACCGGUGCCAUCGGAACCCCGUCGCCGUCGGUCUCUCAAAGCCCCGGGUUCAAUAGUCCUAAUGCCAACAUCACUACGCCGGUUUUAGAUGAACCAAGAAGUGCCACAUCGCGGUUCCCUCCCGGGUCGAACGGCCAGAACACCCCAACCUCCCACGUCAAUCAGUCUCCUGCCAAAACUGCGGCCACUCCAGUCGAGAGAACCAGGCCAAAUGCGGAAUCACGCAAGUCAUACGGUCCUGAGUUUGAUUUCGAGGAAACAGAGGUCUCUUUCCAGCGUUCACCGGUACCACAAGACGACUCGGAUGAUGAUUCGGAUGAUGGCCUUUUCGCGAUCCCGUUGGUAAACAGCAAGACUCCCGUGAAGGAGAAAGGACCUAUGUUUGGAUCUCCCGAGCAGAAGAGGUCCGAGAAACCGUCACUUACGCUGAACACGGGACCGAGGUUGAAGAAGGAACUGUCGGUGCGGUUCAGGUCGCCUAGUACCAGUCGCGAAACCUUUGCCGGGUCAAGUGCAGACAGAGGCAACCGGAAGACAUCCUUUUCGGACAUGGCCGGUUCUCCCGAAGAAAAGAAGCCUCCGCCUCGAAGAGACUCGUUUGUUCGAGGGAACAAUUGGGCAAGCCGACCCCCCGUCGAGGGCGUCAUUGAAUACCUCGACGAGUUCUUCCCCAACAUCGAUCUCGAUGCUCCUUACCUUGACAACCACGGCGCCUCUCCCCCCUCGUCACCGGCGAGUAGAAUCCCAGCCGAGCACGAGCCAGCUCAUAAAGAAAGACACGAGGGGCCAACAUACACUCCACUCCCGCCGCCACCGCCCCCGAGCACCGACGAGAACACCAUCGGUCCCAGCGAGCCAACGAUGAAGGCUCACGAUGCCGGCAUCAUCGCUCGGCGUAACGUUAAUCGCUCCGGCGGUCUCACUCGAGGAAAGUCUAUCCGAGAAGUGGCGCGCGGUGCUAACCAAGCCAGCCGUAAUCGCAGCGUUCAUGCAUCUAGCGGGAACCAAAAGUCAGGCGAUAUCCUGCGUCGCAAGAGUACGAAGAUGUUCGGCGCGAAGAUCAUGCAGAUCAGCCCCAAGCCCGGUAGUCGUCUCAGCCAGCUUGAUCCCAUCCCCCAGAACAACGUUGGCGCUGGCAAUCUCCCACAGCGGCAACCGACCUUCCGCAUCAUUCGCGGUCAGCUCAUCGGAAAAGGCACUUAUGGCCGAGUGUACCUCGGCAUGAACGCUGACAAUGGUGAGGUCCUGGCGGUCAAGCAGGUGGAAAUCAACCCCCGAAUCGCGGGUCAAGAUAAGGAUCGGAUCAAGGAGAUGGUCGCAGCCAUGGACCAGGAGAUUGACACGAUGCAGCACCUCGAGCAUCCCAAUAUCGUGCAGUAUCUCGGAUGCGAGCGCGGAGAGUUCUCCAUUUCCAUCUACCUGGAGUAUAUUUCCGGUGGUUCGAUUGGCAGUUGUCUACGCAAGCACGGCAAGUUCGAAGAGAGCGUGGUCAAGUCGCUCACGCGGCAAACGCUGAGCGGGUUGGCCUAUCUGCAUGAUCAGGGCAUCCUGCAUCGCGAUCUCAAGGCCGACAACAUCCUGUUAGAUCUCGACGGCACAUGCAAGAUCUCGGACUUUGGUAUUUCCAAGAAGACGGACAAUAUCUACGGGAAUGACUCGACCAACUCGAUGCAGGGGUCGGUCUUCUGGAUGGCCCCGGAGGUCAUUCAUUCUCAGGGUCAAGGGUACAGCGCCAAGGUGGACAUCUGGUCCCUCGGGUGCGUGGUGCUCGAGAUGUUUGCCGGUCGUCGACCAUGGAGUCGAGAGGAGGCGAUCGGGGCCAUCUUCAAGCUGGGCAGUCUGAGUCAGGCGCCGCCUAUUCCGGAAGAUGUGUCUAUGAAUAUCAGUCCGGCGGCGCUGGCCUUUAUGUAUGACUGCUUUACGGUGGAUUCAUUGGACCGGCCCACGGCGGAGACUUUGCUCACGCGACAUCCUUUCUGCGAGCCCGACCCGAAGUAUAAUUUCCUGAAUAGCGAGCUGUAUGCGAAGAUUGGGGAGGAUUCAUAG